GCUGAUUACGUAUCUUACAAUAGCUAAGCGAUAGCAAAAAUCGCGCAAUAUUUGCUUGUAAAUCGCAAAUUCGUAUUACGUAUUAGCAAAAACAAAGCCAUAGCAAAACCAGCGACAGUGCUGCCUCUAUCGAACAAUCUUUGAACUAUUAAGUGCAUUCAAUCGACCAAUCUCUUCGGUUUGAGUCGAGUUUUCGUAUUACCUAUGACUUUUGACAGCAGAGCGAUAGCAAUCAACAAACAAUUUCAACUGUCAGACUGCGAUCUUGAAAAAGGUAACUUUUUUCGAUUGCAAAGUAAUUGCUUUGUAUUUGUUUCACAUUCACCUAAUUAUUACGACGUAAUAUCAACAUGGCUCGUGCUGUAUUGUUGUUAGAAGCUUUAAAUUUCGAUGAUAGAAGAGAUGUUAUUUAUAACACGGCUCUUUUGAGGCGUAGACUUCGCAACCAAGCCAACGCUUUGCAGCUCUCCGACUCGGAGUUUCGAGCUCACUACAGGCUCAAUAAGAAGCUGUUCAGAGAUUUGUGUAGUGAGCUAAAACCCUACAUUACUCAGGCGAGAAGAAGAACAAAAGUUAGUGUGGAAAAUAAGGUUCUUGCCGCAUUAUCUUUUUUUGCAACAGGCUCAUAUCAAAAGCCAGUAGGUAUGAGCUAUCUGCAUGGACUUAGCCAGUCUAGUGUGUCGAAAGCAGUAAAAGAAGUGACAAGAGCCUUAAACCAUCAAAGAAUACUUUAUAAGUAUAUACGAUUUCCACAAACAUCACAAGAAAGACAAUCCAUUGUUAAUGGUUUCUUUGACAAGUUUGGAUUCCCUGGAUGUUUGGGAUGCAUUGAUGGCUCACAUGUGGCAAUGAUAAGGCCAACAGAACAUGAGGAGAGAUUUUUUAAUAGAAAGCAUUUCCAUUCCAGAAAUGUUCAAAUAAUCUGUGAUAGUGAUUUAAAUAUUAUUAAUGUUGAUGCAUCAUUUGGUGGUGCUACACACGAUGCCCACAUUUGGAAACUGUCGGAUGUCCAACGACAUGUCCAAGACCUUUACAGUAGAGGAGAAGCCAUUUGGCUGCUUGGUGAUUCUGGAUAUCCUUUAAGACCGUGGCUUCUAACACCAAUUGUGAAUGCUGAACCUGGUAGUGCAGAUGAAAAUUAUACAAAUAUUCACUGUCUCACAAGGAAUACAGUAGAACGUUGCAUUGGUGUUCUGAAAGCUCGUUGGAGGUGUUUGCUAGCACAUAGAGUGUUACAUUAUGACCAUCAUACUGUGGCUAAAAUCAUCAAUGCGUGUGUUGUGUUGCAUAACAUCUGCAACAAGCAUCACCUACCAGUUCCACCAUUAGCAAAUGCUGAUAGCCGAGGAGAUCAGCAGAACCAGAUGCCACCACAAUCUCUGCAGAAUGCCAGCUCCACAACUGGAGCUGAACAAGAGCUGUUAGCACAUGGACGAGAACAAAGAAAUCGCAUUGUGCAGAGAUUGUGGUCCACACAAUCAAAUUAAAAUAAUUAUAUUACAAAUGUGUGUUAUGUAUGUUUGAGUAAAAAGUGUAUAUGGUAUGUCUGGGAUUUGAAAAUAAAUAGAU